CACAAAGUAUAUUAUAUUUACGUAUUUUGUAAGACUUCCGAAAUGAUAAACUGUUUAAAAUCAUUACUACCUUGUAUGUGUUUAUGAUAUUGUAAGUGUUGGAGGAUAUAAACGUUUCAUGUAAAGCUCUUAAUUUUUGCCUUAAGCACAAAGAUGGCAUCAUCUCUCAACACAGAAAAUGAAGAAAUUGUAAAUGGUGACAAGCUUGACCUUGGUAAAUUUCUAAAGGAAAGACAAAGUCCAAAUCCCUCAAGAGAUAGAAUAGUUCAGAAUUCUCAGGAAAAAUUUAGUCAAAAUAGACAGAAUUCUGCAGAUGCCAGUAAUUUGAGUAGAAGUCAGAAAGAGCGUAAACUUGACGAUUUUUUAAAAAAUAAGCGUAGGCAUGGUAGAAGAAGAGGGAAAAAGAAAUUAACAAUAUCUGAUGUUAGAGCCGAGGCGGCUAAAAUUCUAGAAGAGUUUUUACAAGAGCAACUUUCCCAGCAAGCUAUUCAGACAAGCUCGCCAGAAUAUCAGAGAAUUGUUGAAGUCAGUGUUACGGAGAAUACAACUCCUAGUGGCGAAAGUUCUAGUUAUUUAGCAUCUAGUAGUAAUAUUUUACGCGAAAAUUCUAUUCCAUAUGCGGAUGAAAGUGAUACUGAACUUAAAAAGUCCGAAAGUCUGCCUCAUGACAGUUUUGUAGAACUUCAGAGAGUUGAUGCUCCAGCAGGAUUGCCAAUUCACCAUGAAAAGUCAAGAUCUGCACCUCAUACUCAGGAGGAGGACGAAUGGCGACAACGUCCCAGCAGAAGGUUACCGGGGUUUAUUCAGCCUACACCCCCAGCUCCUCCUGGUACCCCACAUACACCGUCCGAAAAUAGUUCUAAUGGAAGCGCUUCUUUACUGCAUCCAGUGCCUUAUACGGGAAAACCAACCGAUUCCAGUAUACUUUGCUCAAGUGAUUCUUUAGGUACAUUCAACAGUUUAGAAAGGCGACAUUCACCUCCGAAAAAGCCGGUGCCGCCAUCGGCACUAGACGCACUGAACCUUCCGAGCCCACCUUGUUCCCACAGUCGUUCUGCCACUCCUGUUACUGAUGGUGAAACAAGUUAUGGAUCUCCAACAAAACAGUCUUACGUUAAACAGGACAAAAAGAAAAAGUCCGGAUGGAGCUCAUCGAGUGACACAGACAGUGCCGGUAAUCUCCAUAAUCACGGAAGAAAGAAAAAAUCCAUGUUUAAAAAGGCACAGCAAAGAAUGCAAAUUUUCUUUAGGCAGAAGAAGAAUAAAGCAAGCUACCACGAUGAAAUGGACUUUGAUGAUGAAGAUGGAUAUGAAGGAGGUGUAGAUGAAAAAAGAACAAAACCUAAGAAGAAACAUAAAAAACAUAGUAAGGAAAAGCACGAAGCAAUGGAUGUGGCUGAUAAUUAUGUACCUGACGAUGAUAGGAAAAUUCUUGAAGAGAGGCAUAUUCAGAAAAAUAAACGUAUACACCAAACACAUAGCGGAGAAGAUGGAAGGACUGUUAUACGCAGUGAAGAAGUCUCAGAGACUGUCGACAGUAUAGACAGGAAAGAGGUAAAACAUACAGAAAAACACUGGAAAAUGAAAGAGAGUUCAGGACAGGAUGGCAGUAUAUUUGGAAAGCUGCGACGAUUCACGUCACGUGAUAAAGGGAAGAAACAUAGCAUUAAAGAAUCAAAGUCAGCACAUUUUGGGAGAGAUGAAGCUGAUUAUGGUGAGGGCAAUGAAAGCAGUUCAAAAUAUUCUCGUGCAACAUCGGUUCCUGGCAGAGCUCAGCAUACUAGGCCAACACAACUUGGACUGGAUGAAACGGACGAUGCUAACUUGAAAAUGUAUACAAAUAGACGAGGAUUUGAGUUUUCCAAUGUUGACAGUCAAGAACUACAUCCUGGUAUUAGGCAUACAACUGCAACUCAGGUUGUGUGUAGAGAAGAACAAGAAAAGGACAUAAGACGUCAUUCCAGUCACCUUGAUAUUGUUGAUCAUAGCGGACAAAUGAUAGAAAGACUGUACUUUGAUGCUGACGGCAAUGAAUUACCGAAGAACAAGUCCUUCUCUUUCCUUCAGGAGGAAGAUGUACGUGAGCGAGUGAUAGACGAUCAUGGUCGUAGAAGAGUUAUACGAGACGUUACUCAUCGUGAACAUAUGGAAGUUGCUGAAGAGUCUGAGGGAGGUGCUAAAAAAGGAUUGGAUGAAAUGAACGAAGAGGAAAAAGAAGAAUUGUAUGGUAAAAUAGCAAGUAGACUGGCAUCUAUAGGAGAUAAUCUCAUGUCAGAGAGAGAGGAUUCUAGAAGCGCUUCAGCAAGUCCACGAUCCAAGCUGACUGACGAUCAGAAAUCCAGUCCUGAACAAGAAUUUACAAAAACCACUUUGACACCAUUAGAAAUUGAGUUGAGAGAUGAAUUAAGGAAAGUUGCUGAUGAUAUGGAUGCCAUGUUGGAGGCUAAUGCAAAAAAAGCUGCUCUGCACAUUACGGGUCUCGUCACGUACAAUCAUUUCAAGAAUAUCGUUCAGGACUCUGUCGGUCAGGAGCAAGGUUGGGCUCAGGUUGCUGCGGUGUUCCAUAUCACUAAACGUGCCAUGAGGUUGGCAGGGGCAAGCGGGGCUCUUGCGUUGCAGAUCAAAGAAAUGAGCUUGAAGUACAUUGAGGAUACAUUUGCCAACUGGAUUGUCGGACAGGGUGGUUGGGAGAGCAUGCUAUCAGAUGCUGACUCGGAGACAGAUUCAGAGCUAGACUAAACGUGUUGCCAUGUAGUAGGCUAUUGUUCAUCGGGAUCCAGACUUGCGAUGUAUGGGGACAUUUGGCCAUUAGCAUCUAAUAUCAGGGUCACUAGCAUUAAAUGCAGAAUACUCAUAUAUCUCAGAAUUUGCUGUGAAUUGAUUGUAGUCAGAUUCAAGACUGACUUUAAAUGAUACAUAAUUUGAAGAUAAAUUAUGCAGCUGCUGCAUAUGGAAACAAUUUAAGAAGACGAUAUAAUAGUUCCACAGUUAACUUGUGAAAUGUUGUAAAGAACAAACUUAAUACCUUACAAUCUCAUCUAUACGUAUUAGUUUUUCUCAGCCUUAAGAUGGGAAGCUGUUUGAGAAGGGAAAGAAUUUAUGCAUUUAUAUUAAUAUGUUCAUACUAUCUUGUUACUAUUGUCCCAAGAUUAUAGUACAAUUUUUCAGUACCAUCUGAAGGUAACCAUUUUCAGAUUUAUGAACAAGAUAGAUUAUACAGUCUGAUAGAAAAUUUGUGAAAGAAGUAAAAUGAAAGUAAACAGCAAACAUUUUAAUUGAUAUUCUGUGAAUAAAAAUUGCUUUCAAGAAGUAUGUGCAUACUCAAUAAAAUCACAUGUAUGCACCUAUAGGACUUGGAAAGUUGUGUCUAUUUUCAUAUGUAUUUUGGUGGAAACUCAACCACAUGUUACUCCACUUGCCAAAAAUUCAUGUUUGACAUGGCUAAGCUUCCAUUUCUCUCACUUUUAGGGCAGAUUAGAUCAGAUUUUUAGCUGGACUUUUCGAAGAAAAAGUAGAGCUAUUGUACUCGCCCCGGUGUCGGCGUCGCCGUUGGUUAAAGUUUUUGAUAAAGUCAAAUAUCUCUGUUACUAUCAAAGCUAUUGACUUGAAACUUAAAAUAGUUAUUUACGAUCAAAGUCUACACCAGGAGACACAAUUCCCAUAACUCUGGUUUGAAUUUUGACAGAAUUAUGCCCCUUUUUAACUUAGAAUUUUUGGUUAAAGCUUUUGAUAAAGUCAAAUAUCUCUGUUACUAUCAAAGCUAUUGACUUGAAACUUAAAAUACUUAUUUACCAUCAAAGUCUACACUAGGAGAAACAAUCCCCAUAACUCUGUUUUGAAUUUUGACAGAAUUAUGCCCCUUUUUAACUUAGAAUUUUUUGUUAAAAUUUUUGAUAAAGUCAAAUAUCUCUGUUACUAUUAAAGCUUUUGACUUGAAACUCAAAAUAUUUAUUUACUAUCAAAGUCUACACCAGGAGACACAAUUCCCAUAACUCUGGUUUGAAUUUUGACAGAGUUAUGCCCCUUUUUAACUUAGAAUUUUUGGUUAAAGUUUUUGAUAAAGUCAAAUGUCUCUGUUACUAUCAAAGCUUUUGAUUUGAAACUUAAAAUACUUAUUUACCAUCAAAGUCUACACUAGGAGAAACAAUCCCCAUAACUCUGAUUUGAAUUUUGACAAAAUUAUGCCCCAUUUUAACUUAGAAUUUUUUUUUAAAAUUUUUGAUAAAGUCAAAUAUCUCUGUUACUAUUAAAGCUUUUGACUUGAAACUCAAAAUAGUUAUUUACUAUCAAAGUUUACACCAGGAGACACAAUUCCCAUAACUCUGAUUUGAAUUUUGACAGAGUUAUGUCCCUUUUUAACUUGGAUUUUUUUAAUACUGGCAAAGCUCUAAUUCAGAGUCAAGCACCGAGAAAAGUUGAGCGCUGUCUUACGGACAGCUCUUGUUAUGUAAAUAUUUUGUGUCGGCCAUUUCUUGUCAUUGUUGAACUGACAACACUUAACACAUGUUCCGACUUAAUGCAUUUAUACUUUCCAGUCAAGUUGGAAAUAAAGUAUAUAUUUAUUUGAACACAACUGAAUUAUUGUUCUAAUUUUCCUUGAUGUAGGUAUUUGGACAAGUCUAAAAUUAUCAUCAGUUUUUACAAACAUGUUCCUAUACAAGAUUGAUUAAAAAAGGCUUUAAGCUAUUUCAAAACUCUAUUAAAAUAAAACCUCAUGAUAUAUGUGCCUUGGGUACAUGCGGCUAACAUUUUUUUACUUGUUGAAAGCUGUAAAUAAUGUGUCUUGUAACAGAUUUUUUGAAAUUCUUACAUCUACCCUAUGUCAAAAAUUUACAUUGAACUUGGAUAUGAGAAAUAAGUCUUUAGAUCUGCUUGUAAAUAAUGUGUCUUUGAACUGAUUUUUUGAAAUUCUUACAUCUACCCUAUGUAAAAAAUUUACAUUGAACUUGGAUAUUAGAAAUAAAUUUCUAGAUCUGCUUGGUUGCCAUGUCUGCUUGAAGUAGUACUGACAGCCGAUUUUUUCUUCCACUUUUUGCUGCUAACAAAAUAACUCUUAACAAAAAUGUUGUUGUGAUAAAUAUAUUGUAAUCAAGGUGAACAGCUCAAUAUUGUAACAUUGUGAUGAUAGAUUUUUACUCUUGAAGUUGAUCUUUACAUUUGAAAUCAUUUUCAGGAAGCUAAUAAAUUAUCCUGCCAUUUUGUAAUUGUUUGUAGAUAUCUGUUUGUUUCAGUUUAAGAUUGAAAUAUCUUUCACGAGUGAACACCAGAUGCAAGAUUUUCACAAGUUGCAUAACCAAGAGUGAAAAUAUUUGAUAUGGUAUUCAGGAAGAUAUUUUGAGCUUACAUUUAAAACAAGCAAAUUUUCUUUUUAUUUAAUGUUUUGACUAAAUUUACACAUUUUAUAGUUUCUUAACAGUGAAAAAUGUAUUUGAUAUUUUUCACUAUGGAAAUACCAGAUAUAUAUAUUUGUACCCCCCGACAACAAAGUUGUAAAGGGGGGUAUACUGGUUUCAGGUUGUCUGUCUGUCUGUCCGUCUGUCUGUCCGUCCGUCUGUCCGUAGACGCAAUCUUGUGCGCACCAUCUCUCCUUAUCCCCUUGACAGAAUUUAAUGAAACUUCACACAAGUGAUCAGUACCAACAGUAGUUGUGCAUGGGGCAUGUUAGGUUCUUUUAGAAAAAAAAUUUGCAGAGUUAUGGAACUUUGUUUUUUUGUUACUAUACUAUAUACAUAGACACAGUCUUGUGCGCACCAUCUCUCCUCAUCCCCUUGACACAAUUUAAUGAAACUUCACACAAGUGAUCAGUACCAACAGUAGUUGUGCAUGGGGCAUGUUAGAUUAUUUCAGAAAAAAAUUUUGCAGAGUUAUGGGACUUUGUUUUUUUUGUUACUAUACUAUAUACAUAGACACAAUCUUGUGCGCACCAUCUCUCCUCAUCCCCUUGACACAAUUUAAUGAAACUUCACACAAGUGAUCAGUAACACCAGUAGUUGUGCAUGGGGCAUGUUAGGUUCUUUCAGCGACAAAAAUUGCAGAGUUAUGGGACUUUGUUUCUUGUUAACAUACUAUGUACAUACAGUCUGCAUAUGCAAUCUUGUGCGUGCCUAAUCUACCAAACCCUUGCACACAAUUUAAUGAAACUUCACACAAGUGAUCAGUACCAACCCUAGGUGUGCAUGGUGCAUGUUACAUUCUUUUAGAUAAAUAUUCUGCAUAGUUAUGGGACUUUGUUUUUUGUUACUAUACUGUAUACAUACAGUCUAUAUACAUACAGUCCACAUAAUUAUGCAAUCUUGUGUGCAUCAAAUUGCAAUGUACUGUGUCAGUGCAUGCGGGGGGUACAUUCAUCACCUUUAGUGAUAGCUCUAGUUCACUCUAUUUCGAUAAUUCACUGAAAAGCAUGUAAUAAUAGAUAUUAUUGAUUUAGCAAUGUUAGUAAAUUAUAAAUUGAUUUUAUCCAGUUGUUACUACAUCCUCUUGAGUGAUUUUUAAGCCCAGUGAUCUUUUCACUAGUAAUUUGUAGUUAUGUUUUGAAAUUAUAAUAAAUUAUGUUUUGUACAAACUUUUUUUUUUUGCAUAAGUGCUAAGUUUGAAGAUGUCUGUUUUGAAAAAUCAUUCCAUAGUUUAUAUCUAUUUGUUUAAUAUGUUAAAGAUUUUCUAGUAAAACUAGAUACAUGUUUUUUUAAGGAAGUUGAAGAUUUUUAUUAUUAACAAUCUAAAAGUGCAAUUCUUAUUAGAUCAUGUAUUAGGCUGUUGAGGCAUAUUUUUUACUGUUGUUUAGUUCCUAAUUCCUGUAAACCAUAUUGAACUGUUAGAGGUAGAUUCUUGCAUAUUGUAAGAGCAUAAUGAUUAAGGUCAAUGCAAAAGAAGUCUAAGUGCAAUUUUUUAUUAGACCAUGUAUUAGGUUGCCGAGGUAUAUUUUUUACUGUUGUUUGGUGCCUAUUACCGGUGUUCUAUUAUUAAGUUGUAGAGCUGGUUUCUUCCAUUUUGUAAGAGUAUAUAAAAUAUUAUUACUUGACUCCUUAUAUAUAUCUCAGGUCCAUAGUAUGUGCUACAGUUCAAGAUUAAAUUUUGUUGGAUUAAGUCAAAACUUGAAGAAUGUAAAUAUGAAAAUUUAUUUCGGAAUCUGAUGUCCAGAAAUAAAACACUUUAACUGAAUGGCUUUGCUGGUCAGUAGUCAAAACUGUUCACCUUCUGUCCUUCAGACCUCGGGCCAUAGUUUUUGACUACUGACCAACAAGCCAUACAAUAAUUUGUACAUUCAAUUUGUUUAUUGUUUAUACACAUACUGUUGUUUCCUAAAGUUUAUACCUUAACUAAGUGUCUAACAUAUUGAAAUUUACUGUUUACUGGAUGGUUUUAUCUUAAACAGAAAUUGAUGUAUCCGUUACAUUUUUAGCUCGACUAUUCAAAGAAUAGUCUAGCUAUUCUACUCAUCCCGGCGUCGGUGUCAGGGUCGGCGUCACACCUUGGUUAAGUUUUUGCAUGCAAGUACAUACAGCCAUCAAUUAAAGGCAUAUAGCUUUAAAACUUAUUUUUUCUUUUUCUAGGUCAAUUACCAACCUCUCUGGGUCAAGUCCCAUAACUCUGACAUGUAUUUUGAGCAAAUUAUGCCCCCUUUUGGACUUAGAAAAUUUUGGUUAAAGUUUUACAUGCAAGUUACUAUCUCCAAAACUAAUGCAGAUAUUGAUUUGAAACUUCACAUGUGUCUUCGGGGUUAUAAAACUAGUUGAUAGCAGCAAGUCCCUUAACUCUGACCUUCAUUUUGGCUAAAUGAUGCCCCCUUACGGACUUAGAAAAUUCUGGUUAAAGUUUUGCGUGCAAGAUCAUACAGCUAUUUCUAAAAGGCAUAUAGAUUUGAAACUUAUUUUUUCUUUCUCUAGAUCAAUUACUAACCUCACUGGGUCAAGUUCCAUAACUCUUACAUGUAUUUUGAGCAAAUUAUUCCCCUUUUUGGACUUAGAAAAUCCUGGUUAAAGUUUUGCGUGCAAGUACAUACAGCAAUUACUAAAAGGCAUAUAGAUUUGAAACAUUUUUUUUCUUUUUCUAGAUCAAUUACCAACCUCACUGGGUCGAGUCCCAUAACUCUGGCAUGUAUUUUGGGCAAAUUAUGCCCCCUUUUGGACUUUGAAAAUUCUGGUUAAAGUUUUACAUGCAAGUUUCUAUCUCCAAAACUAAUGCAGAUAUUGAAUUGAAACUUCACAUGUGUCUUUGGGGUUAUAAACCUAGUUGAUAGCAGCAAGUCCCAUAACUGAUAUGCAUUUUGGUCAAAUUAUACCCCCUUUUGAACUUAAAACUCUUUUGAUAUUUAACCUUUUUGGGUAAUAUUUUCCUGCUUCUGGGACAAUAUUUCGAAUAGUCGAGCUUGGCUGUCUUAUGGACAGCUCUUGUUGUUAUAAUCACCGUUAAGAUCUGACAAGUUAUCUGGAGUCAUUUUUGAAGAAAAAUAAUUUGGUUCAAAGUUUAUAAAACCUGAGUUUGGAGACCAGUCUUAGAAUGCAGGCUUUCCAUUGGUCAAUUUCAAGAUUGAGUUCAGAAUCUACCAAUCAAAUGACCAAAGAUUUGAGAGUGGUCUCUAAACUUUGGUUUAAAGCUUUAGAACCUAGUGUAGUCUGUUGAUAGAAAACUCUUGAGAACAGUUGUAUGAAACAUCAUUUUGUAUUUUGUGUGUUUUUAAAAUUUUACUCUACAGGUACUGAUAGUAUGUUAAUAAAUGAAGCAUCAUUUUGUAUUUUGUGUGUUUUUAAAAUUUUACUCUACAGGUACUGAUAGUAUGUUAAUAUAUAAAUUUACUGAUAGUAUGUUAAUAUAUAAAUUUUGGUGCAUUUUUCAUGUUUUGAUGCAGAUUUAGUUUUACUGCUAUUAGUAUCCAUCAUAUGAUUGUUUUUUUGUUGUUUUUUUAAUUUCUGUAUAAUCAUUAAGGUAGUUCUUCAUGUUAAUAAUAAAAAACAAUUCUACAAUGUAAAUUUAAUUAAACCUUGGUGUUGAAAAGGUUCAGGACAUACUUUAUUAAUGAAAAUUUGGGAAAUAAUAGAUAGGGGAAAGGGGGUGGUGGGGGGGGGGUGAUUUUUGUGCUACACUAAUUUGAAAAUAUAUUAGAAUUAAGCACAUUUUUUUUAAUGGAAGUCUAUGGGAAAAUGACAAUUUUUAUGACAUUUUCGGAACAAGAAAUUUUCUUACAGUAAAUGAAGAUUCUGGUGAAACUUCUCAUAGUUGUAAUGGAUAUGUAUGUAAUCUAUUAUAUGGUCAGAUAUAAAUGAAUAUGUCGAUUGUGCUUAUGUCUGGAGAUAUUUGCCUGUGAUUGUAAUGUAUAUGUAAUCUAUUAUAUGGUCAGAUAUAAAUGAAUAUGUCGACUGUGCUUAUGUCUGGAGAUAUUUGCCUGUGAUUGUAAUGCAUAUGUAAUCUAUUAUAUGGUCAGAUAUAAAUGAAUAUGUCGACUGUGCUUAUGUCUGGAGAUAUUUGACUGUGAUUGUAAUGGAUAUGUAAUCUAUUAUAUGGUCAGAUAUAAAUGAAUAUGUCGACUGUGCUUAUGUCUGGAGAUAUUUGCCUAUGAUGAAAUAGGCCAGAAAUUUUCAAGCUGAUUUUUAGUCAUUAUAAGGACUUAUAUCAUGGGUCAACUUUUUCAUUGCUUUAUAUUAGCAUAAGAAUGAUAGCGACACUGUCACUUUUAUAAACUUGUACACAAAUGGCCAAGAAUGCAUACAGUGAAAUCAUUAAUAUUGGUGGGGGACUAAUUUUCGUGGUUGAUUCAAUCCACGAAAUUUAAUCCCAACGAACAAGUAAAAUGCCCAUUCAUUUUAUAUUAAAAAGUUGAAAUCUACAAAUUCAUAUCCCCACGAAAUUGCUGUUUUGACCAAAACCACGAAACUUCAUGCCCACGAAAUUGCUGUUUUGACCAAAACCACGAAACUUCAUGCCCACGAAAUUAAAUGAUUUUACAGUAGAUUGGUUUUCAGUUCUGUAUGCUAGGCCCAAGUGUUAUUUAAAUAAAUAACAUUUAUGCCAUGACCUUUUGAUUUAUCAAACAUGUGGAACUACCUUAAUUAGAGUGAUUAGUAUAUUAAAUCUUUUUUUUAAUCAAUUUAGGGCAAACCUUUUUGACAGAUUUGAUCACUUUUAUCAUCACUUUAUAUCAAAUGAAGCAUUUCUACAUAUGCUUGCUGCUGUUUGAUUCUCUCCAUAUUAAAUUUUGCCAUUUUUUUUCUAAUUUUUGUUACACAAGAUCUCGUUAUGUUUUGUUCAGGGAAGAUGUACUUGAUACUUUAGUGAAAAUCAAAUGCCAUAUUACCUGUACUCUGUUGUGGGAUAGUGCGUAGUGCACCAAUAUAAUCAGCACAGUUCCCCCAUACAUUAUGUAUUGCAGCAUAAUAUUCAAAUUGUAACAUUAUUCAUCAUUAUUACACGACACAUUUUAUAAAUCACCAGUCCACAGUGCUAUAUGACUGGCCUAUAUUCAACACAUGUUUACUGGGCUGAUUUGUCAAAAAUUUGAAAAUGAAGUUGUGAAAAAUUUAAUUGCUGAUGUCAUGUAAUAAAAACACUUAUUGAAUGGCUUUUUGGUCAAUAGUCGAAAAAAUUGUACUCUGUACGAAGGACUGGCAAGCAGUUCAAUAAGUGUAUAUUACUGUUUAACCUUUAGCCUGCUAAACUUCUAUAAUGGACUGGUCCAUCAUUCAAUUUGGGCAGUACCAUUUAUCAUUUGAAGGGGUGUUUACUGAAAAUUUACUGACUGAAUAGCGAACAGUGGAGACCAUGAUCAGCCUGUGCAGACUGAUCUUUGUCUGCACUGGUCGCAAAGGCAGAAUAACUUGCCGCUAGCAGGCUAAAGGUUAAACAUUUUUAUAGCGGAUUUUUCAGUGCACUUUCAGUUGUUUUCUGCUAGCAUUUUCUAAGAAUUUUGGGUUUCUUAAAGUUGUUCUAUUUAAUAUUUUAAUGUUUUUAUUCUAAAUAUGCAGUAUAAGAGUACAAGAACAAAAUGACAGCUUUUGAUGGGUUAUUAAAUAAUUUUUUUAUAAUUUAUACCCAAUUAAUAAGACUGUACAGUUAUAUACCAGAUGCAUUGUUGAGGGGAGGUAGACUAGAUGUACUGUCAAUCUUGUAGGAUUCAUAGAUAUAAAUCUGGAAAAAUCCUGCUUUAAAGGUUCUUACUAUGCUCUCUGAACUAUUUAGAUAUUUAAAAUGGAGUGUAAAUUGCAUAAAAACAACAUUUUAUUUAAAAUUUGUAAAUGGAUAAAAAUGUUCAAAAUAAAUGAAAACAAAAUCGUUCAUUGAAGUAAUUCAGAACCAUUUUCAUGAGAUUCGGUGACAGUGUUAUGUUAAUGUUGCAUUUUGUCAGCCAGCAGCUUAAGCAAUCAACAAAUUUUUCAGCAACUUUGUUCUUCAGUUUGAAUAUCUCUCAGGUUCUCUGCUUUAGGCUAUGCAAAAUUAUAAAAACAAUAGUUUUGUUUGCUUCCGCAUUUGAACUUUGUGUACGGUACUGUUUAUUUAAGAAUUCUGUGUUAAAUGGGAACAUAAUUUUUCCCAGUGUGUUUUUUGGAUCAGUUGUUUUUAAACCUUAAUUAUACCAUAGACAUAAAUACAGUUGAAACUCAAUAUCUCGAACUGGCUUAUCUCACAAUUCUGGCUAACUCAAAGAUAUUUUGAAGUCCCAUCCCGAAAAUAAAAUAUCAUUUUAAGUCGAAUUUUGGCUAUCCCUUGGAAUUCGAGAUGAUAAGUUUUGUUUGGAAUUUCUUGUAACUUUGCACCAAGGAUCAGUGUAGAUGAAGAAAGAACAACUUGAUUUAUAUAUAAAACCAUAUUGUUGUGAUAGCUAUUGUAAAAUGAAAAAUAUGAAGUUUUCUAUUCCUUUUACAUUUUUCAUACUUAAUGCAAAAUGUGCUGUCAAUGCAUUCAUUUUGUUGGCGCUGUAUAUUUUACAUGCAGAAGUGAUCAGUUUUUCCGUUGUCCAUUGUAACUAACAAUAUCAGUGGUAAUUUGCAUGGACAUCAUAUGUUCACUGUGAAAAUUGUAACUUUCAUCUUACAUCCAGUAUGUUUGUGUAUGUGAAAUGAAACUUGUGUGUAUUUAUGUGUCACAAAUACCAUACUGUUGUUACAGAUAUUGUUAAUAUAAAAUACUGAAUGCUAA